GCUCAGCAGCGCGGAGCCGGCAGCCCCGCCGCGGGGCCGUGACGGGCAGUGCCCCCGAGGGGAGCGCGGGCAGGACCCCCCUCCCCGGUCAUUUCUCCGUCUGGACCCCGCCCCGGAGAGAUAUGCUCAGCCCAAACCGCCUGGAAGCGUCUCCUGGGAUUGCCUUGGCCCCCGGGCGUGCGGAGUGCGGAGCCUUCCCUCGGACGGCGGGCGCGGCCCCGCGGCUUUGCCUGCCCCUCGUCCUCCUCCUGCUCGCCCUGACGCCCCGCGCCGACUCCUCGUGGUGGUACAUCGGGGCGCUGGGCGCGAGGGUGAUCUGCGAUAACAUCCCCGGGCUGGUGAACAAGCAGCGGCAGCUGUGCCAGAGAUACCCUGACAUCAUGCAGUCGGUCGGGGAGGGAGCCAAGGAGUGGAUCCGGGAGUGCCAGCACCAGUUCCGGCACCACCGCUGGAACUGCAGCACCCUGGACCGGGACCACACCGUCUUCGGCCGGGUCAUGCUGCGAAGCAGCAGGGAGGCCGCCUUCGUCUACGCCAUCUCCUCGGCUGGAGUGGUCUACGCCAUCACGCGGGCGUGCAGCCAAGGGGACCUGAAGGCCUGCAGCUGCGACCCGCUCAAGAGGGGCCGCUCCAAGGACGAGCGCGGGGAGUUCGACUGGGGCGGCUGCAGCGACAACAUCAACUACGGGAUCCGGUUUGCCAAAGCCUUCGUGGACGCCAAGGAGAAGAAAGUGAAGGACGCCCGGGCGCUGAUGAACCUGCACAACAACCGCUGCGGGAGGAUGGCUGUGAAGCGUUUCCUGAAGCUGGAGUGCAAAUGCCACGGGGUCAGCGGCUCCUGCACAUUAAGGACUUGUUGGCUGGCAAUGUCAGAUUUUCGAAAAACAGGGGAUUACCUAAGGAAGAAAUACAACGGGGCCAUCCAGGUGACGAUGAACCAGGACGGCACUGGCUUCACGGUGGCCAACAAGAACUUCAGGAAGCCCACGAAAACAGAUCUGGUGUAUUUUGAGAACUCACCUGAUUACUGCGUGAUGGACAAGUCAGCAGGUAAAAACCAAAGCUCCAGUCAUUGCCCAAAAGCAGCUCUGCCUCCCCUCCUGACAGGCCAGCAGCUCCCAACUAGCCCAGCCUGGCCAGGAUGCUUUGAGACGUCAGCUUCCCCACUGAACCCCAGUCCCCAGUGGGGGGUUACCCAGGCCCUCAGCGGGUGUUGGUGCUCACUGGAGCACUGGGUCCCCACAGCACCUCACACCUGCACAGAGAGGACUGGGUUUGUCCAAAAUCCCCAGGCUUUACACCGAAGAUCCAAACCCAUCAGGCCUCUUGUAAUGAAUGUAGCGCAGCGUUUCCUCAGAGCCUUUCUCCUGCAGAGCAAAGCUCCCUUAAAUAGGCAAUAAAUAGCCCGUUUUGUGCAGUAGGCUGCCAGCUUCUCUGAACCCAGCCGGAGACUGGGAUGAGAGCGGGGAAGGCAGUGUCAGGGCUGCUCAGCUCCUGCAGAGAGAAGAUCAAUGGUUUCUCAGCCUGGAGCAUCCCCAGGUCGGAGGUUCACAGUAGCCACGGGGGCUCGGGAAGGCAGCACAUGCUCCUGCCGCCCUUCAGUGAGCCCUUAGCCUGAGCAGAGGGGGGCAUUUCUAGCUUUGCCAGUUGCAAAGCCCAGCUCGGCAGGCAUACGCUGCUCCAGGGCCCCCCCCAGG